CUGACAAGGGGAUCCGAGGAGGGAGCUGAGGUGCAAGUUCUUGUCGAGCAACUUCACACCAAGGCUGAGUAAAGGUUGUGAUGAGAUGCCGUGUCCUUCACCAGACCAUGAAGCUAGAUUGUUCAUGUUAUGCGCUGCGGAGAAUCAUCUUUUUCCUCGCUUGUGUGAUCUUCAUCAUGAUGUUACAGAUGCUGUUCAGCGGGGACAAGCAGCUGCUACUUUCCAAAGAGCAAGUCCCGCGCCUUAUGAUAUUCCAUCGAGAUUACAGAACCUCUGUCAGACCCUCGCGGAUAAGCCCCAGAGCGCUGUUUUACCUGAGAGCCAGCGUGGAUAACAGGACACGGGAGCAGGUGCGUGACAUCGUGGCUCGAGCAUACAACCUCCCACCACUCUAUGGCAUUAAGAAACGUCCCCAUCUGGCCAGUAAAUGCGGUACUUAUCCAUCCCUCUUUAACUUGUCCUUCAAUAACAUCUACUGGCAAGUCUUUCAUUUUAGCCAAGGAACAUUUUACUUGUACAGCGCCUUUUUUGAUAAUCGCACUCUCACCCGGCCAGGACCAUCCGUACGCAUUCUUGGCAUGGUGAACCGAAUCAAACUUGACGUCAGUACUUAUUGCCAGCUGUGGUACAGAGGUGAGGGUACCCCUGUUGUGGCCAAGGUGGUCGAGUAUCGUUACCUUUGGGUCCGUGAGUGGGGCAAUUAUAGAAAUGGCAUCCUGCAACCAUACUUGUUGCAGUGUGUCAUUCCAGAAUCACACAGGCAACGAGUCCCGCAGUCAGUCUCACUGGUGGAAGGACGCUGCGACCAGUCUACCAAUAACCUGCAAGUGGUCCACAAUCUUCCACCAAAAGGGCAGAAACAAAAUUUUGCCAUAUGUGUGAAGGGAAUGACUUUUUCUGAUGACGUAAGUGUCAGAUUAGUGGAGUGGUUAGAGCUACAGUUCCUGUUAGGGGUGGACAAGGUCUUUCUCUAUAACUUCGAAAUCCACCCCAAUAUCACCAAAGUGUUAAAAUUCUAUGAAUCCCAAGGUAAAGUUGUUUUGAAGAGUUUGACACUAGCAGGUGAGCAACCAAUCAUUCGUGGGCUUGUCGAGCUGUACGAGUAUUUAAACACCAAAGUAAUGCACAAGCUGCAACAAGAAGUGAUUCCAUACAAUGACUGCUUAUAUAGAAAUAUGAAUCUUUACAAGUUCAUUGUGCUGAUUGAUACUGACGAAGUCAUCAUGCCCAGAACAGUCCCAGGAUGGAAGGAAUUACUGAAACAAAUGGCACCACAAGUCAUGAUGGGAGAGGGUCAUCCAUACGCCUCUUAUUAUGCACGCAACGUGUAUUUCUUGGAUUCAAUGCAGGAUAAGCACAGAUGGGCGAUGGAUGUACCUCGUUUCAUGCAUAUGUUACAACAUCUGUACCGCGCUGCCAACUACACAGCUCCCACAAGUUAUGUCAAAGCUUUUCAUGACCCUCAGCGGGUGCUCACGCUACACAACCACUUUCCUCUUUCCUGCUUGACGCCCGAUUGUCCAUACUUCCGCAUCCCAACAGAGGUCGCGCACCUUCAACAUUACCGUAGGGAGUGCGUGAGUGAGCUUCUCGAUUUGUGUCCCUACUACCGGAGCCACACUGUUGAAGAUGAUGAUAUCCUCAAGUUUAAGAAACCUCUGCUGCUCGGCACCCUCCACACUCUGCGACACCUUGGGUUCCUACAGGAACGAUGGAACCUAACACAGAUAGAGGGGUAGGCUAUGUGCUACCAUAGAUCAUAUAAGGCACUACACUGCUGUGGAUGUAGUGCGCAUGAAGAUGAUUGUCGCCAUGCAAGACAAUGGAGUGACGCAGGAUGGCAAGAGCAUGAGGCUGUCAGUAAAAUGAAAAUCUGAGAAUACUAAGAAUGCUCAUGCCUGAGUCUCACACUCUACCAUGAUAGUGAUUAUAAUAUUUACCUUGUAUUUUUACACACACACACUAGAGCUCUGUGGAGACGGCCAGAAAUGUAUUCCAUAAAAUGCGGUUGCAGAUAAAACUGUAGAUAUAAAAAAAAAAAAAAAAAAUGCGGUUGCAGACUUCUUUUAUCUCCAUAUCCGCGGUUGUGUUUGCGAAUGUAAAUAUUUUUUUUAUAUACUCGUACAUAUUACAGUAAUACCAAGCGUGUAACGUCUGUGGCACAAAGCUUCGGAGAGGAGAGAAAAACAAAAUAAAUAGAUAAUUAAACUGAAAAAAAAAGCCCAAUAUAUUUCAAGAAUGUUAAAGCAGAAAAUGUAACUGAGGAGUGGGAGUAAAUGGGGCAAGGAGAUGGAGGUAGUAGGAGUGGUAAGCGUGUGGACAGAGGAAGGGCAAAAAGGAGUAGUGGUUAGAAGGGAAUACUUAUUCCCCACUACUUCCUCUGCUUCUUCAGUCCUUCAUCUCUCUACUUCGUCCCUGUGCUCCCAUCCCCCCACUUCCUUGGCCCAAGUACUCUUCUUUCGUUACGAACUCCCUUCCUCUCCCUUUUUUCUUUCAUCUUGCCUCAAAACUCCCUCCCUGUUGCCUCCCCUUCCCUUACCUGUCCAAGAUAAGGGGAUAAGGGAGUGACGCCUCUCUCUCUCUCUCUCUCUCUCUCUCUCUCUCCAUCCUUUUUCAUCCUCUUACUCUCAUAUAAUUUCAUUCUCAAUCUCAUUCUAUUUAUCAGUCCUCAGGAUUAUUCUUACUCUCACACGUCAUAUUUUGCCAACUUUCACACUCACUCACGUUGUCAUUCAUUCUUAUAAUUAGUACUCACAGAGAUGUCAAAAGCAUACCAUCAGUCUUGUUUGAUGUUGGCCAUUGACUAGUUGUGGGAAAAAUUAAAUUAAAUCCCCCAAAAUAUCUAAAGUCAACAGAGAACAAUAUGUAUUAGAAAAUUUGAAAGAUGUUAAGUUACUUUUCGAACAAAAAUUAGAAGAUCUAAGAGAGGAUCAAGAUGUGAUGGCAGAAGCUGAUGUUGUGGAUGUAUACAAAACUUUCAAAAGUGGAAUUGAUAUGGCUGCUAAAAGAAACCAUAAGAGUAAAAAAGAGUAAAAAAGAAAACAGUUUGAUGGGAUAAAGAAAUAAAAAAAAAAGAAAAAAAGAAAAAGAAAAAUAUGUAGUUUAGAAUGGAUGAAGAACAGGGCAGAAAACGCAAGGCAGAGAUAUGUUAUGACAGGAGAUGAAGCAGAAGACUUAAAAGGGCAGCUGAAAACUCAUGGGAAAAAGGUUGGAAGAGACCUGUUUAACCUGAAAGGAACUAGAAAACUGAUAUAUGGAAGGGCACAGAAGUUUAGAACUAAAAAGAUGUUGAAUGCCAGACAAUAUUCAGUGAACAGGGAGAACAGCUUGUUGAGAUAGAGUGAAAGCACGAUGGAAGGAAUAUUUUCAUGAUUUACUGAAUGUUGAGGUGGAAACAAUACAGGAAGAUUUAUCAGACCAAGAAAAAGAUGAGGACUAUGAAAUAAAAUUGCAAACUAACUGAUAACAUUACAGGAAGUGAAAGCUAAAAGCUGCCAUUGAGGAAUUGAAAAAAAGUGGAAAGAGCCCCAGAAAUGAUGGCCUAAAUAAUGAGCAUUUUAAGACUGGAGAUGCAGCAGAAAGGUGGCUGACAGACAUAUUCAAUGAGGCAUAGAAUGAUAAAUGAAUACAUUUGACUUGGGGAGAGCUAUAACAUGCCUCAUACAUAGGAAGGGUGAUGAAAAAAAUUAUAAUAAUUACUGAGAAUCUCUUUUAAUUACAGCAUGUAAGCUUUAUGAAGGGAUACUUGAAAGUAGAUUGAGAACAAGAGAAGAAAACCUGGGAGUGUGGCAGUAUGGCUUCCUACCAAACAGGAGUACCUUGCAUCUGCUGUGGUCUCAAGAUUGGAGUAGAUGCAGUGUAGGGAAUGGUCUCAUUAUAAAAGGACAAGGGUAAGCCACUGUAUGCUGUUGGGCCUUGCUCUGUUAGUAUGUGGCCAGCUGUGCUGUGGCUAAGUACCUGGAGUGUAGUACAUUGGUUCAUGAGACUCUCCCUUUCCACAGGGGACUGACAGGGCUAAGAGUGUGAAUAUGUAUGAGUGUGUGAUGCUUUGUUUGGGUCACCCUGAGGGAUUGCUGGCCUGGCCUUGUAGAUAAAUUGACAGAUGAACUUUGUGGCUGACUAAAAAUCAAGUUCUGCUUUCAAUGCAGACCCUUAUUCAUGAGAUAUGUUGGAGUUUGAUGUUGGUUGUGACAUUAGUUUAGAGUAAUGAGUCAUGUCUUCCUUGCACAGUGGAUCAGAUGGCAAACAAGUCAGAGUUUUAACUUGGAAAAACUUGUACAAUGCUCCAGCAACAAGUUACAAAAAAACUGGUAAAGUUGUGUAUAAAAGCAAUUCUUUAUAUUUUUACAAAGUUAUAAUUGUACAGCAACUGUAUAAAAUCUUUAUUAAACACAUAUUCUUCUGUUAAUAUAGUAACUUGUCUAGGCCUUAAUUAUAGAUAUACAACUUCUUAUUCUUAGUUUCUGAUAUGAUUUCAUGCCAAGCCACUGACUGCUAUUCCAUCCAAUUCAAACUACUUGCAGCAUCAUGUAAGACCUUUAUGCUGAGUAUCUAAACCAACUUUCCUUUUAAUCUUGAUGCUAAACUCUAUGUGUGUAUGUAUGUGUGAUAUACAUGAAAGGAGUUGUGAUCAUACUGUCUCACCUCCAUCUCUACUAGUACCCAAUUUUCCUUAAAGAGAUGAAUACAACUUGCAUGGACUGCUCUCUUAAUCAGAUCAUCCCAGACUUUUUUGCUUCUCUGGAGAAAGCUGUGCUUAAUACCUCUUACAAGUGGUUCUCUUCAGUUUUCUCCCAUGCCUUCUUGUGUCCCUUUUGUUCUACACAGCCAAGUCCUCUCUACUUUAGUUGUUGCACUCCCUUCAUCACUAAUCUGAACACUGCAAUUAAGUCUCCUCUCUUCCUUUGCAUUUCUUAAAGAUGGGAGCUGCAGCCUGGACAAUCUUUCUUCAUAUGAUAAAUUUCAUAUUAGGAGCCAUUUUUGUUGCUGCUCUGUAUUCUUUCCAAUUUCCAUUUAUACUUUUCAGGGUGACCACACUAUUGCUGCACAUUUAACUCUUGGUCUUAUCUUCAUAAUUUCUUCACUCACUCAUAUCCUUAAUGAUAUUAGUUACACCUGUUACUUUGUUUAUAUGUUUCUUUGUGUGUGUGUGUGUGUGUGUGUGUGUGUGUGUGUGUGUGUGUGGAAGUGUCUGCCUUGAUUUUACACAUGAAGGCUCAAUGUCUUUCUACAGAUGUUGUAUCUUGACAAAGGGUUACAUUAAAGCUAUUCUCAAUUUGAUGUGCCAUCACCAGAAAGCUCUUGUGCUGGGUCACUACUGAGGAGAGUAGCCUCUGGAGCAGGAGUGGUCUCUUUGCUGG